UCCCACUAUCUUGAAGGCAGCUUAAUAAAAUUGUAGAUGAUUUACUUGGCUUUGCUUUGUCUUAAAUGUAUGCUCGCCCACUUUCUGAAACCGUGAAAAGAACUGCAGAACAAUUCUUUGUAACAGACGUUUUUCUUCAAUCCUACGUAAUUCUUAAUUCGCUAAACUUUAACACUAUUGAUACCCUCCUCUACAUUAGUAAAUAUUGUGCCCACAUCAAUGACUUGGUAGAUGUAUUACUGUUCAAUGUAUAAUGGUUGGCAAGAGACCUGCUUAGAUCCAAGGAGAACGAUAGGUGUGGGAAGCGAUUGAAAUUCGUCGUUAUGAAAAGCUUUGCCGACAACUUUGGGUGGCAUUAAUUUUACUAAGGGGAGUAUUUAAAUUCAUAUCUCUUGAGGAAAUGUGUAAUCAGAUUGAAAUGCGUAUGGUGUUAAAACUAGAGGCUGAUCGCUUUGCUGCCGGUAAGAGGAGUUAUAGCCAACUGGUGCAAUAUAGGCUUCAGCUGCAGGAAUUUCAAACUAGGCGAACUCCAGCUUAUAAUCUGAAAGGUGCUACAGAUCAGUGGGGAAAGGUUUCAUCAAGGCAGUCAAAAACACGAAGAUACAUAUUCAUUGGUUAAGUGUUCUAAGAGCCGCAAAGAAGGAUACGGUUCACAAGAGCUACUUUAUUAGUUGGUAUAAGGACCAAAAAUGGAUCUUCACGAUGGCAUGGGUGACAUGCAAGUAUGCAGUUUUCCAGAAUGUAACCUUUUGGCGGACAGCAAAAUAGAAUCGACGACGGACAAACAGAAUCAGGCAGAGGAAUGUAAAGCAAAGCGAACAAGAAGACUGUUCUCUUCUGCCAGUAGCAUUGACUCGGGGAUCUUUAUUUCACCGUAUUUGGACAAAAUUUUAAAUGACUCGGAAAUCCAGUCAACAGAAGAAAUAAUAAUUGAAAAUUGCCACUGGUCGACUGAGGAAGCCGAUCUGAUUCUUGAUUUGGAAGGGCUGCUAUUUCCUGUAAAGAGGAUGCUGCUAUGGGAAAAUUCUGGGUUCUUCAAAGCUAUCCUUGCCAACGUAUCGUUAUUAGAUGAUGAUACGUUUCAAGUGUUGAAAGUCAAGGGUAUAAAUCCACAUGACAUGGAGGACAUUCUGAGAUACUUUCAUGACGAAUACCUCGAUAUUCCAGAAAUCGAAGUUCUUGAUGUCCUUAAAGUAGCAUAUAAAUUGGAUUGCACCAAACUUGUUGCAAGAUGCGAAACGGUUCUUUUAAAUGCAGUUGAUGUGCACCCGCUUGAUCUAUUAGAUAUAUCCAAAAAGUACAACUUGGAAACUCUCAAAGCGAAGGCUAUAUGCCAGGCAUCUUUAGAGCCAAAAAUAACUUGCUACCAGGAAUUUGAAUCUCUAGAUAACAACGUGCAGGCUGCGAUUAUAAGGAGACUGGUAGCAAAUUUGGCUACCCAAUUCAAAGGGGUAUAACUUUGAAAUUUAUUAUAUGAUGAACGUUGUUGUGGGGUUGUGGCGGCGAAGAAAUUUGCUUGGUCAUCGCUAAACGCUGUUGACUAAUGUAUGGCUCAUUUAAAAUGUAAAUAGUUAGAUGUUUAUUGUAAAAUAUCCUAUAGUAACCAAAUGCAGAAUUUAUCGUAAAACAGAAAACUGGAGAUGCACUAGGCACAUGAAUGUGAUUAUUUAAGAGGGGAUGUGAGGGGUUGUCCGCUUGUAAAAAGGACACUUUUUAUGUUAAAUUAAAAUGACAGCGGUCCAAUAUUUCGUUAUAAAAGAAUCGGGUUCAGUGACAUCCAAUGCCUUCUCCAACUAAAAAUCAUUAACAGAGCUUUACAAUUCAGGGCAAAGAGGACAAAGAUAAGGUAAUAUACUUUCUGAAAUUUUCUAACAAAUUUCGUUCUUGAGGCUAUGUAAUGUAUCCUAUGACCCUGCCUCCUUAUCAACUGCACCCUCGGAAAGGUGGUAGAAAAAAAUUACAAAGAUGGUAGCUAGAGAUGUUAGCUAACUUGUUUGAGUCGUUUUGCUAUUCCUAUUUUAGUGUUUUGUAUAUAGUUCAACGUUGAAAAAGAAGUCUAUGCAGUUUUACGCAGUUAGUUUGAUGUUAAGACAUUAGAAUGUUUGUAAAUUUUAUUCAA